GUGACCAGCGAAUGCUCAGCUUUUAUUGUGGCGACAGAAAGGGCAACGGGGGAGAAAUGUGACAGUCCGGCUCACAGAAUCGCCCCUCAGCAUCACCGUCGGCUGACCUCAUUGUCGUGAAAGCCCGCGUCGGACGGCUUUAUUGACGACUCAGCUGCGGACCGAGAUUGGAUAUUCCAAUGAACGGGGCCCCGUCCUGCGUGACAUCAUUGCGUCUGGCGCUGUGGAGAGCCACGGCACCUCCUCUUUUCUCCUCACAUCCACUCGCAGCCGUCCGUGCGAGCAGUUAAUCACCGAGCGCACCCUGACAGGAGGCGGACCCAGAUAGUAAGGGCGAACCGGAGAUCGAGGGCAGCAUUGUGCGGGACGGCCAGCAAAGAGGAUCGAUGCAUCUGCAGCUUUCGGGGUUUUACGCCCGCCAUCCUCUACUGGAUCAAGUGUCACGGCUCCCGUCUCUGUCCCGCAUCCUUCUCCGCGUCUGCGUCCGAGCGCCGCAUCCUUGUGGAGAUGUCCACGAAUAGCCGAGCCGAACCGGAGACCCGGUCGGACCUGCAAGAUGCUGUGGGCACCGUAACUCGCCUCCCCCGUUUCUCCGCGGAGUCUGUAGAAUGAAGGAGGAUUGACGUCGAGUCCCGAGACCGGAGCGCGAAGAAGAUGACGGUGCCGUUGUUGAAGAUCGGGGUCGUGCUGAGCACCAUGGCGAUGAUUACCAACUGGAUGUCGCAGACCCUCCCCUCUCUGGUGGGGCUCAAUACUACCAAGCUGACAGCGGCGCAGGGAGGGUACCCAGACCGGAGCACGGGAGUGUUGCCAGCAAACCCAGAGGAGUCGUGGCAGGUCUACAGUUCCGCCCAGGAUAGCGAAGGGAGGUGUGUCUGCACUGUGGUGGCGCCCCAGCAGUCCAUGUGCUCGCGGGAUGCCCGCACCAAACAACUGAGGCAGCUGCUGGAGAAGGUCCAGAACAUGACCCAGUCCAUCCAGGUGCUGGACCAGCGCACCCAGAGGGACCUUCAGUACGUAGAGAAGAUGGAGGUCCAGCUCCGUGGCCUGGAGACCAAGUUCAGGCAGGUGGAGGAGAACCACAAGCAGAACAUUGCUAAGCAAUACAAGGCCAUAAAGGCGAAAAUGGAGGAGCUUAGGCCGUUGAUACCAGUGUUGGAGGAGUACAAAGCCGAUGCCAAAUUGGUAUUGCAAUUUAAGGAGGAGGUCCGAAAUCUGACGUCAGUUCUAAGCGAGCUACAAGAAGAGAUGGGGGCCUAUGACUACGAGGAGCUCCACAACAGAGUGUCAAAUCUUGAGGAGAGACUGCGAGCAUGCAUGCAAAAAUUAGCCUGCGGCAAACUGACGGGCAUCAGUGAUCCACUCACCAUCAAGACGUCUGGAUCCAGGUUUGGCUCCUGGAUGACGGACCCACUGGCACCUGAGGGAGAUACCCGGGUUUGGUACAUGGAUGGCUACCACAAUAACCGCUUCGUUCGGGAGUAUAAGUCCAUACACGACUUCAUGACGUCAGACAACUUCACAUCCCACCGGCUGCCCCACCCGUGGUCAGGAACAGGUCAGGUGGUCUACAACGGCUCCAUCUACUUCAACAAAUUCCAGAGCCACGUCAUCAUCAAGUUCGACUUCCGCACCUCCUCCAUCAGCAAGUCCCGGCAGCUCGAUUACGCCGGCUUCAACAACGCGUACCACUACGCCUGGGGAGGCCAUUCAGACAUCGACCUAAUGGUCGACGAGGGGGGGCUGUGGGCCGUCUACGCCACCAACCAGAAUGCUGGCAAUAUUGUCAUCAGCAAGCUAAACCCCAACACCCUGCAGAUCAUCAAGAGUUGGACCACCAACCACCCCAAACGGAGCGCUGGCGAGUCUUUUAUGAUCUGCGGCACGCUCUAUGUUACAAACGGAUACUCAGGAGGAACCAAGGUUUAUUACGCCUACUCCACCAACUCCUCUACUUAUGAGUAUAUUGACAUUCCCUUACAGAAUAAGUACUCGCAUAUCUCCAUGCUAGACUACAACCCUCGUGACCGGGCCCUCUACGCCUGGAACAAUGGCCACCAGGUCCUGUAUAACGUGACACUGUUUCACGUCAUCCGCUCAGAGGAACUGUAAUGGAUGAGGAUUCAGCAAAAACGAAUAAAUGUUUUUUUUUCUUGAGAAAAAAAAAAACUAAUUCUAUUCAAUAUCUGAAAGUAGAGACCAAACCACAACAUCUUGUUAAAACAAAGAACUUCUGAAAGACUGCAUUAUCCAUGAAUGCAAAGUGGACUGAAUGUGUAUAUGAAUACAAAUCUAUUAUUGUGUUUCAUUCCAAAAUUAGAUGUUAUUACAUAAAAAAACUGAACUAUUAUUUAUCUCAAGAACAAAAAAAUUUCAAUGUAAGGAAAAAGAAAGCUUUGUAAAUAAAUGUCUCACGGUUACGUUUGGAUUUUAUUUUAGUGUACUUUAUUUUGAUAGCUGCCGUUAAUAUAUUAGAGGCAUUUUAUUUUGGAAUGAAACUCUUUAAUCAUUUGUUGACUAGAAAAAAAUGAUUGUAAAAUUAGAAAAUAUAUUAUACUUAAAAUAGUAAGAACAGAUGCCAAUAAAAAAAGAAAAAUAUCACGCCUUUUUUAUAUACGUAAGCAAAUAUCAACCUAAGGUCAUUCCUGCAGCUCCAGUUUUUUUGCCGAGCUCUUCCCAAAUGGACUUUUCUGUUGUCAGUAGGGAUGGUGGUGGUGGUGUCAUGGAACAAGGACUGUUGGUAAUAAACUGUGGGAUCCCCACCCCAUGCCCGAAGGCCUACAGAUAAAAGUGGGAGGUCAGUCCAGUCAGGACUGGAUAGCUUAGAGGAGGCAGUCUGUCAUAUCAUUUUAUCAGAGUACAGUAGCAAAUCUAAAGUUUGUAGAGAAUCAACAAUAACAUCUACUAAAAGACCUGAAGGCACUGACUGUUGAUCGCAAUGUUUUUUUAUUUAAUUUUUUUCUGUAUUGGUGAUGAUGUGUUGAAAAAGCUUUCUUUGCAUGAUUGUUUUCUAUAUCUCCACUCUGCUCUGCUGAAUGUCUUUUGCUGUAUGAUUCUACAAAACAAGAGAAAGGAGUUGGAAGAAGGAAAAACAUUUGCAAAGAUUUGCGAAUACUUUUAGUUUUCCCUCUGCUUGUCCCUAUUUAAUGUAUGUUUCAUUUGCUUGAAUUUCUUUGCCUCCAUUUUAAAUGUUCUUGUACCACUUUAACCGUUCGCACUGGUUUUGCCUCCUUGUAUUUAUUUUAUUGGACUAUGUAGGAGAAAUCUAGCUAGCUCAUUGAUCUAUGAAGUCAGAAAAAAAAUAAUAACAGAAUGUAUGAAGUAAUGUAUUGUUGGUAGGGGAACCUGGUUCCCUUAUCUUCGUCUCACAUCAUGCGCCUGAAGGGGGGAGAGGUUUACAUUAAAAGGAUAGUCCCAUCUCAUGCCAUGUAUCCCCCCCACUGUUAGCGGAGGAUAAUGUUUGUUAAAUGUACGUAUACCCUUGCUAAAGACAAAAGCUUUUCACUCUUUUUGCGCUUUGCUGGAAUUGUGUUGUAUCUGAAAUGAGAUGGGUAAUGAUUCGUGUCAAUAAAACAGAGAAAUCUGG